ACGGAGGUAAAUAAAAUUCUCUAUAUUUUAAUUAUCUUAAUUUAUUUUUUUGUAUUUCUAGGUUUGGAAACAAUUACGUGAAGCUAAAGCAAAAGAAUUAGAAGUGAAAAAACAAUUAAAUGAUAUGUAUCAACAAAAGAAUGCUUUAAACAGUCAAGAUACAAAUCAAUUAAUUCAAACUAUGACUAACAAUAAAGUUGUUAUUAAUGAAACAGAAAAACCAAUAUCAUCUAAAACAAAAGUGUCAACAGUAACAGAUGAUGUUAAUACCGAAUCAUAUCAUACAUCAGAAGUUAUUCGAACGAUGAAUCAACCAACUCAUGUUCGAUGUAUCAAUACACCCAAUGGUUCAACAGCUGGUGAUACAUCAACAUCAUCUGCGUUAAAUCUCGAUCGAGGACGAGGUGAACUUGAUAAUGAUAUUCGAAAGUUAUUGAGCAAUAUUCGUGAACGACGAGCACAACUUGUUCAUGAGAAUUCACAAGUGGCACCUUUAUCAUUAACAUCAAUUAAUACUCCUGCUGCUAUUUCUUGA